AUGGCUGACAGUACCGCAGAUCUGUCGUGGAGAGAUCAGAUCGUCUUCAGCCCAGCUCAUCAAGACCCUGCGAAGGCACCGGCUGUUCCCAUCGCUGCCCUCGAAAAGUCCACCACUGCGUCAAUUCCCGCUGUCUCCGUCUUCAACCCACGGGGCUUGAACAGUUUCCAGAAGCGUCAAGCUCUUCGCUGUGAUGAUGGACCUUGUAUCGACGGCAGCUGUUGCAGCAAGGAGAAAAUCUGCGGCUACGGCCCUUCCUAUUGCGGCGCUGGCAACUGUACAUCGCAAUGCGAUGCUACAGCUAUGUGUGGAGAGUACAGCGAGAACGCCGAAAUGCCAUGUGGCAGUGGAAGUUCCUCCAAGCGCAAGGUCGGAUACUACCAGUCUUGGAACGUUCGUGAUCGGAGGUGUAACAAAGUGUCACCAUCGCAGCUUGACACAACGGGUUACACCCAUCUCUUCUACUCAUUUGCAUUUAUCGACCCCAAGACGUUCAGAAUCACGCCAGCCCAUUCAGACGAUGACAGCAUGAUGAGGGAAUUCACGAAACUCUCGAAGGACGGCAAGCUGCAGACUUGGAUUGCUAUUGGCGGGUUCGACUUUAGCAAUCCUGAAGUCGCGACGCAUACCACUUGGAGCGACAUGGUCUCUACAAAGGCCAACAGGGCUGCUUUCAUAGCAUCUGUUAAGGAGUACAUGGAUACGUAUGGGUUCCAGGGCGUCGAUCUCGAUUGGGAAUAUCCGGGUGCUCCUGAGCGAGGUGGCCGUAAGCUGGCAGACGUGCGAAACUUCCCAAUGUUGCUCCGGGAAAUGCGAGCCGCGUAUGGAAGCAGCUAUGGCAUCAGCUUGACGCUUGCACCUGACUACUGGUACCUGCGAUGGUUCGAUGCGAAGGCCAUGGAGCCGAGUGUUGACUUCUUCGGUUUCAUGGCUUACGACUUGCAUGGCUCAUGGGAUGCUGAUGUCUUGGCACUUGGGAAGAAAGUCCGCGGUCAGGCAGACAUUCGUGAGAUUGCCAAUAACACCAUACCCCUGUGGUUCGAUGGCCUCGACCCAAAGAAGAUCAAUUUCGGCCUUGCCAUGUACGGCCGUGGCUACACUCUGGCAGAUCCAAAGUGCAAUCAACUUCUCUGCCCCUUCUCCGGCCCGAGCAAACCGGCUCCCUGCACAGCCUUCGGAGGUGUCAUGUCUCUCGUCGAGAUCAAACAGCUCAUCAAGGAACGCGGCAUUACUCCACAGCACGACCAGAAUGAAAACACGGUGUAUCUUGAUCCCAAGGUCUACGAAGUUAGUCUCGACCUUCCACCAUUCGUGACCACUAUCACCGGUCCUGGCGGUGUUCAGACGAGAACGCUUCUACUGCCGCCGUGGCCGCAAAUUACCAACGGGCCGCCUGAAAGCUGGACCACAUCAGGAAACCCAUGGACGAAUCCGGGUGUCACAGGCGUGCCAGUACCUACGGACGUGAUCCCCCUUCCACCGCCAGCGAUUGUCACGAAGACUCCUUACACGGGUCCCGGAGUGUCGGUCGAUCCUUCGGGUACAUGGCCCACAUCGUUUGAUAUUCAGCCUGUUACUACAGCCGUUCCUGAUGAAGGUGAAGAUGAUGAUGACGAUGGUCCAAAGUCCAAAUCUACGUGCAACCUAUGGUUCUUCUGGACCUGUAUUGACAUUGGUGGAAUCAAGAUUGGUGGAUGGGAGUGGAAUUUACCACAGGGCAUCUGGGGACCCGUUGGGCCUGGCGGCAAGGUGACUGCACCUCCUAAGCCAGCAAGUUGCACUCCAGCAGAGGCAUCGCUCUGCGCCACAACAACCUCGUUCGGGACGACCGUGCAGAAUGGCGUAACGAGAACGACCACAACGCAAGUCAAGGAGACUUGUGCCACCAUUACUGGGUGCAACCUUCGCGACAUAGACUCCACAGAGACCGGAAAAGCAUGCAAUCUGGCGAAACGAACUAUCAAUCUCACUGGCGUGCCGUUGCCCGACAUGACUGCCGCAGCCGAGCCUCCACCUGACAUCGCAAAGAGGGCAAAUAGUAUCUGGGACUGUGAGGAAACCGGCGAAGACGGCAUUAUUUGGCCACAAGACCCGAAGGAAGGAGGGCAAACACGCAUUCGCGCUUUGCUUCAGGAAAGAAAGGAUGCUCUUGGGGGCACCCACAGCUGGACGGAAGUCCGCGCAGGAGAUCUGGACUACACGGCAUUUUACUACGUCGAUAACAUGGGUCCAGUCGCGCAAGCAUAUUUCGAUUCGGACGAAGUCAAAGAGAUCAACAGAGCUUACAACUAUCGCGCAGAUAUUGCACCCAGGUUAUCCAGAGCCCAGCGAAGGCGCAGCAGAGCAAAGAGGUCUGCUAAAGCGAGCGACAGCCGUACAGAUACACGGAUACGAGAUGAAACACCAGCAAGUGAUGGAGCUGAAAAGUUGGACGAAGCCGCCGAGUUAUUGAACAAUGAGACAUCCGACAUCGCCAAGCGGGCAACCAGUCCGGAGAUCAGUGACAGAUGGCAUCUGUCUCAUAUCUCUAUCCCCGAACGAGUAGACUGGGAUGUGGACGAUGACCCGCAUAUUCCCUCCCAGAAUAAGUUUGCGUAUUAUUUCAACAACAGGGAGGGAUCUGGGCAGACGAUUUACAUUAUGGAGGAACGUACGGGUCAGAGCGGAGGCAGCUGA